CAUUCAAAAGGAAUGACGUACCACAUAUGCGGCGAGAGGAAGACCGCACAUAUGAAUGGUUUGAUUGGUAAAAUUAUUUCCACCUUUUAAUGGGUUGAUUGUAGUCUAAUCGGGUGUUUGAGAUUACUCCGACUGCAAUGAAAUCAACGUCGCCCCGGCUACCCAGCUCCUCCCUCCCUCCCUCACACUUGCUAUUAGUUUCGCUUAUUAUCAAACAGAUCAACUGGCAAGAACAGCUACAAGAACCACAAUGAACCACAGAGGUAGAGAACCCUCAACCUUCUGGCCCGUGGCCCCGCGGAAAUCAACAGUGCCACCAAAGCAAGCUCCAGUGGCAGAUUCCAUCUCACCUCUUAGAAACAAGGCCCACUACAGUACGAAAAAUAGGACUUCUGCUCCAGAGAUGACCAACCAGCCCCGCCCAGCUGCAGCACAAACACCUGCAGGGUCGACGAUGGACAAAUUCUUCACUGUUGUGACUGGGAAUACUCUGGGGUCUCAUAAGGAAUUAAUUCAUCGUCUCGCUGCCAAAAGACACUUAACUGAGGUGAUGUCACUAGAGGAGAGUGAUGUCAUCCUGGCUUUCUGUCCCAUCGUCUCUCGUGCUGGGACUGAUGUUGAAGCAGCACUGCAGCAGAUUCCAGCUGGUAAACCUGUCAUCCUGGUAGUGCUGCAUCACACCUUUGAUCCAGACUACACUGUACCUGACAGUAGCAGACUAGAGCAGACCAGAGGUGGUGUAAUACUCACAGUGGACUGUCUCUUCCAUGAGAGCAAAGGACUACUGAAGUGUCCUCGCAAUGAAGAAGCAAUUAGAAAGAUUCAAGAGAGGCUAAACAAAUGGCCAAAGGGGUUUGUAGCGAUCGUCUUCGGGAGAAAGAGAGGAGGACCAAAGCGCAGCGUGGUGAGAAAAGAAACCAAGGGGGAGGCCGGUUGCUGCUGCAUUUUCUGAUGAAAGGUCCAAGAAACGAGGCAGUGCACACUCACACCUGAAGAUGAAAAGAUGACGAGACCAACCUGUCUUUAGAAGUGUGUGAGACAGUGUGAUCAGCAGUAAUACAUAAACACCACUGUAAUCAUUGUAUGAUUCAAUCAUUCACACAUUGGCUUUUUGGAAGGGAUUCUGAAUGAAUGAAAUCAAUGGUAGGAAGUUCAUUUUCCAGUAAUUUCUUGUUUGAAUGCAAAUUACUUUGUCUAUGAACAUAUUAAUCUCAAAUAGCAGAAAUUACCACAGUGAUCUUUUUCCAAGUAGUUUACUUUCAAGUAGUUUACUCACCGAAGAAGCACUUAUUGGACACAUCAUUUAGUAAAUGAGAGAUGUACUGCGCCCUGGAGGUGACAUUGACCGAGAUGUUUUUUUUAAACAAGCUUACAAAUUAUAAAACGUGCUCAUGAUUUAUAAAACGAGCUCACAAAUUAUAAACCAUGCUCACAAAUUACUAAAACCUGUGCAUGAAUUGAUAUAAAACAUAUCUGGGGAAGGGUACCAAAGAAUUUCUGCAGCAUUGAAGGCCCCUAAGAAGACAGUGGCCUCCAUAAUUCUUAAAUUAAAUGAAGAAGUUAAUAACCACUAAGGCUCUUCCUAGAGCUGGCCGCUCGGCCAAACUGAGCAAUCGGUGGAGAAGGGCCUUGGUCGGGGAGGUGACCAAGAACCUGACGGUCACUCUGAC